CCUCCCGCUCCUGGGCUCAAAUCUUUCUUUCACGCUCCAACUCUUACCUCUAAGUCUUUGUCACUAAAACAGAUUUCUUGUAGGAUUUUCCACCUUCUUGGAGGCCACGGGCCCAGGAGUCCAUGAUAUUCGGAGGCAUGGAGAACUUGGACUUGCUGGGGUUCCUCAUCAUCACGCUAAACUGCAAUGUGACCAUUGUGGGAAAGAUCUGGCUGCUCUUCACGGUACUGCUGAGGAUGGGUGUGAUCGUUCUGGCAGGGUACCCGAUCUACCAGGACGAGCAGGAACGGUUCGUCUGUAACACUCUGCAGCCAGGCUGUGCCAAUGUUUGCUAUGACAUCUUCUCCCCUGUGUCCCAGCUGCGGUUCUGGCUGGUCCAGGGUGUGUUCGUGCUCCUCCCUUAUGCUAUGUUUAGUGUCUAUGUUCUCCACAGAGGCACCCAGCUCGCCAUCCGGGGAGCCUGCCAGUCGGACAGGGGUGCCCCAAGUGUGCCGGACUUCUCCUGUGGCUACCUCAUCCACCUGUGCUUCCGGACCCCGAUGGAGGCUGCCUUCGGGGCCUGGCAUUACCUCCUCUUUGGGUUCUUGGUCCCCAAGAGAUUCUCUUGCACCCACUCUCCUUGCUCCAGUGUGGUGGAUUGCUACGUCUCUCGGCCCACAGAGAAGUCCAUCCUGAUGCUUUUCGCCUGGACCAUGAGUGCUCUCUCCUUCCUCCUCACUGUCGCAGAUCUGGUCUGCAGUGUGCAGAGAAGGAUUCUUGGGAGGAGCGGCCCCGGGCACGGUGUGAGCAGCACCUGCAGCAGCAAGGAGUGUGGAGCCGGGGCUUCUCCUCCCAGCCACGCUAAGGGGAGCAAGCCUGGAGAGGUGGAUGAGGGUGGCAGGUGGGAGGAAGAGGCAGCGCCCUCUCUCCCUGAUGGGUGGGGGGGAGGACAGAGUGCCAACAGCCCCAGCGGUCAGUCUGCCGUGUCCGGCCAGGUGGUGCUGCGGGAUGAAGACGGGAGUGAGGCGUUGUCCUCAGCCAGUGACAAGGGGCCCAUGGCCCACAGGGAGCCUGGGGGCAGAUGCCCCGGAGAGGCUGCCCAGGACCCAAGGAGCAAGGGCCUCGCCCGACCAGAGGUGCAUCCCUGCGCCUCUCAGAGCCACCUGGCACGCCACUAUUCCUCUGGCCUGCUGCACCCUCCCGAGCAGCUGGCCCCCUCUGGCAGCGUCCCCUACCUGAGAACCAAAAAGUCUGAGUGGGUGUGAAGAGAGAGCCACGAGGUGCCCGUGAGUCUGGUUCUGCCGCAGGGCUGCUGUCCCGGGCUCAUGGCUCG